AUGAACAUAUUCUUAUUGCAGAAUUUCACAUCAAGGGCUGAUACGGUCUUUUGUGGAGUAUUUGAUGGUCAUGGUCCAUUAGGGCAUAUGGUAGCUAGGAAGGUUCGGGAUUCUCUUCCUCUCAAGCUAUGCAACCAAUGGAAAGCCAUUGUUGAGGGGCAGGAGAGCCUUCAGAAAAAUGACAGUUCGUCCAGGAGUAUGAAUUCUGAAGAGGCAUCCUUCAUUAGCAUUGAUGAUGAGUGGUCUGAGUCUGUAAAUUUUGCCGAAGAUGAAAAGCUGCCAGAGAUAUAUCACCCCUUAAAGCAGUCUUUCCUGAAAGCUUUCAAGCUCAUGGAUAAGGAAUUAAAACUUCUUCCUACAGUGGAUUGUUUCUGCAGCGGCACUACAGCAGUCACUUUGGUUAAGCAGGCAAGUGAUCAUAUCUUUUCUUAAUUCCCCUAUAGAAUU